CGACCAGGGCCGGGCGGGGCGCGCGGGUUACGACGAUAGUGGAAUGCCGUCGUAGUCGUCAUACGCCACCGCCACCCCCCCGUCGAGGCUAGCGUGCGCGCGCACGCACGCACACGUAGUCGCGGUCCAUUGUGCGUGUGCGCUUGUGUGUGUGCGUGUGCGUUUGUGUGAGCGCGCGCGCACGGUAUAUUCUCCGGCGGCGGCGUCCCAUAGAAAAACAUCGCCGCCGGCCGUCCUACCCGCCGACGCCUGAUAAACGCGUGUGUAUACACACCACCGUUCCCCGUGUGGUACGCUCGCCCCGUCCGCCGUCGUCGUCGUUAUUUCGCAUGCCUCGUCGUCACUGCGUCCCGGUGUAUACACGGUGUCGGCGCGCGCCGCGCCCGCGCGUGUGUGCAUGCGUGCGCGCGCGUAUAAUAAUACACUUUGUUCAAUCCGGGAGCGCGCGCCGCGUGUAAAGCGAGUGGUGUGCUCCGCGCCGUAGUGUGUAACGUAGUGCGUAUAUAUAGUAUAUUAUAUCGUUGUAGUAGUGUAGUAGUAGUAGUAGUAGUAUUGGUAGUAUUAGUAGUAGUAGUAGUAUUGGUAGUAGUAGUAGUAGUAGUAAUAGUAGUAGUAGUAGUAAUAAUAGUAGUAGUGGUGGUGGUGGUAGUCGUCGCCGUCCACAACACAUGGGAGCGCGCGUGUGUGUGUGUGUCUGCCGCGCGUCUUUCUCGCUCGCUCCUCGACGCGCGCGACCUUCUCUCCUCUCCCGGCGGCGCGAAUAUACCACACGUAAAACGUACUAACGUAACUCCGUAACCGCCGUCGCGCGAGUUAGUCGUUGACCGGCGUCGUAAUUGUCGUGACGCGUGUGUGUUAGACGGAAAAUGCUGAUCGGCACCAGUGGCUGCACGACUAUUAUUAUUAUCAUCGAUAACGACUUGUCCGGUAUUUCUCAACGAUACGUGCAAUGAUCACCAGCGGUCUCGUGGUGGACGGCGUUAGCCACGGGCUCCAGGCUCAUUUGCCGUACAACCACCAGGCUGUCCAUAACCACCACCGUAUGUCGUAUGUGGAACCGUCGGCGUACAUGAAGUCGGUGGGUCCGCCGCCGCCUUCGCCACAGCAACAACAACAGCAACAGCAACAGUCUUCCGAGCUGCCAUCCACGCCAGAGUUCCUGCGGCCGUUGCCGAAACCGGCGCCCGUGAACCCUCUCAAGGCGCCCCGGGCGUCGUCAAAGUAUUCGGUGGAUUGCCGUCCGGUCAACCUGACGGCCCCGAAAGAACCGUUGCCGCCACCGUCGGUGGACCACCACAUCAGAUUGGACGACCGGCACCAUCCGUACCCGGUGUACGGACACCCUCGGCUGUACGUUAGCGCGACGCCGUACCAUCCGUACCAUCCGAUGCACCAGCCUGCACCGGCGCCGUACGGCGUGUACACUAGCCCGUACGCGCCCGUCAUCCCGCGGGAUACCAGGCACCAUCUGAUGCAGCCUCCGCAGGAACGGAGGUAUCCGAGUCCGCCGAACAAGAGCAACGGCGUUAGCGUCGGCAAUCGGACCAGUCCGUCGUCGUCGCCUCCCGAACAGUUCAAAGUUCCCAACGGUCGGGACAAUAAACCACCCCUACAGCUGCAGCAGCAGCAAAGGAUACUACCGCCUCCUCCUCCUCCUCAACCGGCCACUUCGGUAGCUACUGCCCCUGUCGCGGUCAACCACAAUAACAACAACAUCAACAACAACAAUAACAACAACAACCACAUAGGCGCCGCGGCGGAACCUUCGCCGAAGAAACUGCGACGCAACACGCCGGAACCGCUAUCGCCGCCGGCGGCCAAGACGUCCAACUUCACCAAAGGUUCACUGAUACGGUUGGCCAACGGCAAUAUAAAAAAAGUCGAAGACAUGAGGACCGAAGACUUUUUGAACUCCGUGGAGAACAGCGACCUGCACAGGAUCGAUCCCAGCACGGUGGUGAGAAUCGAACCGGAUUCGGCGGUCAAAGGCAACAUAAGGAUCACGCUCAGCUACGGCGACCAAAGAAAUCAUCAGAUCGGCAAUGACAACAAAAAGGCGAAUUCAGCGGCGGCCGUUGCGGCUGUGACGUCCAAGUCGCAACAGGUGGAAAUGGAGAGCGGCGCCGAACACCCGUACUUCGUGUUUGGCCGUGGCUGGGCGUCGUGGAGUCCGGCUAAGACGCUGGCCAAGUACGGGUUGACGUGUCAGAGGUUGCAGGUGGGCGAUGUGUGCGUGUCGCUGACAAAACGAGCUACGGCAGUAACCUCCGACUCGACGACAACGACAACGGCCACGACCACUACAACGCCACUGCACGGAAAACGACGGCAGCAGCAGCAGCACAACGUCUCUGCUACCGUACAACAGCAGCAACAGCAACAGCAACAGCACCACAAUCAUCAGCAACAACACCUCCACCAUCUCCAUCAACAUCAUUCGCCGGCCGUUCAAAAGGCUCAGCUGCAGCUGCAGCAGCAACAGUCUGCGAUGGACGACGACAAGAACAGCAGGAACAAGAGACGGUGGUCGGCCCCUGAUCCGGAUCCCGCUACUUAAGAACACGAUUUAAAAAGAAGACGACGACAAAUCUCUGUGCCUAAAUGUUUUUUUUUACCGCUUCUCGGUCUUUCUCAAAUUUUAUGAACGCGUAAACGACGACUAUAAUAUAUACGUUUACGCUAUCGUGCUAACGUUAUAGUCGUUCGUUUAUUGUAUAUUUAUCAAUAUAUAAGAUGAUAUUGGUACGCGUGAAAUUUUUACGGGACAAAAACCACGUCAAAAUAAUCUUCUAGUCCCCUACCCCAUCCUCCACAUGUUUCCUUUCAUCAAUGACGUGAUGAUGUUUCGUUUGGUUUUUGUACAUUUUUAUAUUUUUUGCCAUGCCCGCCCGAAUCGAAUUGAUCCCAGGUAGUCUCGUGGUGGUGUUUAGUUUGACAUUUUUUAGGCCACCGUAUGUGUGUUGGUACAUGAUGAUUCUCGACUUCGCAGUUACUACUUUUACUUCAAUAAAAUGUGUAAUCGUACAAAGACUGAAAAUUCUUGGAAGGUUUUGAGAGAUUGUAUUUUGUAUUUCGAAUACUCGAGGUACAAAAGUAUAUCAUAUAUCAAUUAUUAUAACUAUGCGAUAUAUUUGACCAGCGAGGAUUUGGGGAGGAAAAUACUAAAAAAAAAAAAAAAAAACAAAA